UUGCCUUGCGACCUCAUCUCUAGCAGCGGAAUACCGCUUGACUCCUCUCGCUUCUUCUGCCGUCUCAUGGCAUAAGGGAAUAAUAUGGCAGAAUCCGGAUCAUUUGGUUCGUCAAUACCAGCUUAUUGCCGAACGCCAGCGACCCUUUUGGAUACGCUGGACACGGAAACCUCGCGACUCCAGAAAGACACUGUAAACGAGUGCCUACCCCUACUCGGCGCCGUGGACGAUCCGGCUCGGAAUCCCUUUGACUUCAACGAAUUCGGACUGCCUAGCUUGAAACGAGAGGAUCAUAUCAGUUUUCUUCAUGAGAACUUGGAGCAGUUUCCGCCAUCAUUUGUGGGUAUUGAUGCCAGCCGUCCUUGGAUGGUAUACUGGGCGCUGGUCGGACUUUACAUGUUGGGAGAAGAUGUUUCCUCAUUUCGUGCCAGCGUGGUCAAAACAUUCUAUCCGAUGCAGAACAGAACUGGAGGUUUUGGAGGGGGUUUCGGGCAGUACUCUCAUCUGGCCGGUACAUAUGCAGGACUUCUUAGUCUUGCACUCGUUGGUGGCGAUGAGGCGUACUCCUUGAUUGAUCGAGAGGCGAUGUGGCAGUGGUUAGGCCGACUGAAGCAGCCAGACGGAGGCUUUCAAAUAUGCGAAGGCGGUGAAGAAGACGUCCGCGGAGCAUAUUGCGCUCUGGUUGCAAUUUCACUCCUCGAUCUUCCUCUCACCCUGCCACCAAAGUCUCCUGCGCGUGAGGCAGGCCUCGAGACUUUCAUGGAUGGCCUUGGAGAGUAUCUCUCCCGAUGCCAGACUUUUGAGGGCGGCAUUGCAGACGCCCCAGGGGAUGAGGCUCACGGCGCAUAUGCCUUCUGCGCCCUUGCGUGCCUUUGCCUUUAUGGAGAACCUCAUGUCGCCAUAAACAGGUUUCUUGAUGUGGAUGCCAUUUUGUGGUGGCUUUCUUCUCGACAAUACGCACCAGAAGGAGGCUUGGCUGGACGAACGAACAAGCUUGUCGAUGGUUGUUACAGUCACUGGCUCGGAGGUUGUUGGCCAUUGCUUCAGGCUGCUUUGACCGGUCCACGAGAAUCCAUCGAAGGUCUGGGAAAAGCAGUGAGCAACAAUCUCUACAGCAGCGAAGGCCUUGCGCGAUAUAUACUGGGAUGUUGCCAAGGUCCUGACGGUGGAUUGAGAGAUAAACCCUCGAAACGUCCAGAUUCUUAUCACACUUGUUACAAUCUGUGCGGCCUGAGUAUCGUGGAGCACUCCCACACUUAUGGGCAAGCCAACAGCUCUGAACCAUUUGCUUCAGCAUUCACCUGGGAAGCCACCAAAGCUCGAAUACCCUGUGAGACCGACAAUGCCGUUGACUUCGGUACUGGUGCCGAAGUGAGACCCCUGCAUCCAGUCUAUGUGAUACCUCAUAAGGCUGUUCGUGACAUGCGAGCUUGGGCAGUGGCACGGCCUCUUGGACGGUGAGCUGGUUUCGAAGCGGAUAUUUGGUUAUACCUUUCGCUGUACCUUCGCUGCACAAGGCGUACAUCAGCUCGUCUCUCCCAGCAGCGAAAACCUUCAAGUCAUCCUCUGAUGAGGUGGGUCAUGACAUUGGACGGCUCAAUGUGCAGUUUGGCAUCAAACUUCUUCACAUUAGGAGUGCUGGAGUUGGUUGUGCAUCGCAUCAGGAGGACGUAGAGCGAGAUAGGUGGUAGAAACAUGCGACCCAGGGUUCACGCCACAUUCCUAGGGACUAGGCCUGCUGCG